AACGUUAGUUGUGAGUGUGGCCAACAUAGUUUUAUCUUUAAGUGUUCUAGAAACCAAUAAUGAACAAGAUAUUUCAAAUAUGACUGUAUUUGAGAAUGGCAGUAAAAUAUCUGAAAAUGAAAAUGCAGAAUUGGUUACUAAAAGAGAUAUAAAUGAAGAAGACGAUAAUAUAAGUGAUCUGAAUGAUAAUGAUAAAGAAAUAUUCGAAGCCGCAGAGAGCAGCAACUUAGUCUAUCGACCACUCUUUGUAUACAGGAAGAUACAACACAGUAAACGAAGAAUCACCAUGUUUAAUUCGUUCGCUGGAUAGCUUAUAAGGUUCCUGAUUCGUACGAAGGAAUAUCGCCAGUGCAUGAUUUCAAGGAAAAGCUUGCUAACAGUCCCAAAGGGUUUACUGACAGAUUCUUAUUGACUUCUCCUCACAAUGCUUUGAAACAUCUUGAUAAUUCUAUACUAAAAGCAACUAAAAAUGUUACCCAAAACCCAGAAAUGGAUGACAAUCUUUACCAAAUUGCAAAGGACAUGGUUUCCGCUAUACUAUCAAAGCUAGAAAUACAGGAUAAAAUAACCAGGAUUACCAGGGAGGCGUUAGAAGCUCCCGGUAAAAAUAAAGGGAUAACUGCUAUAGAAACUAGACGUAUUCUGGACUAUAUUUCUAGGACAUUGUCCGGGCAUAUACUUAGUAUAACCAGAGCUUCUACUGAACCAGAACUACAUCGAUUGGUAUACGGGCUAGCUCAGAUUGCAGCAGAAGUGUCAAUUGUAUCAGCGUUGAAAGAUAUUACGUACCCUGCAGCGUUAUCUAAAAAGCAGUCUGUUGAUUUAUCUCUACGUCGAAAAAGGGCAAUAUCCAGUGGAACAGAAAAUGCACUAGCAACACCACCUCCGGCUGCUGCAGUUUCAGCUACUAACGCAACCCCGAAUAAAAGUGUCAGUAAUACUACUGAUACUUCAUCUAUGAUACCUUCACCAUAUUCAGUUCUUUUCAAGAGUGACAAAAAACCUGUUCAUGUCCUUAACACUAAACCAAAUAAACCUAUUUCGAUGAAAGGAUUUUUGAAUCAAACUGUCUUAGAUAUGGAAAACAAAGAACAAGAAAAUAAUUACACAGAUCCCAUUGUUAUGGAGAAAUCAAUAAAUGGAACUCAUUAUGUGAAAGAAUCACAAACAUUAGACACCCAAGAAUUUAGUGCUCCCGGUCUGAUUGAUGACUGGAUGGAUAACAAGGAAACUGUUUAUAAGCCAAUCAAUCCUGAAGUUGUUGCUGACAUGGAAAUAGAUCAGCCUGAAUUUGAAGAUGAAAAUGGUAAUGACAAGAGAACGAAACAAAAACAAGAGAGGCUUGAAGUGAAAGCCAAGAAAGCUAUAUUAUAUGCCGGUGAUGUGGCGUACUUAACUGCAGCAAGCGUUGUUGCUCUUAGACGAGCUUUGACUGCGUCUAUUGAAGUACAGAUGUCCGUGCGGUACGCGAAAAAUGGUAUGUCGAAUCAUCAGGAGUUAAUGAUGAACUUGGCAAAGACAGCUGCUCAACAAGCAGGAAAACAGGCGAAGAGCGCUACUUCCAAAUCUUUGGCUUGUGAACGAGUAAUAAAGUUGGCACUCAAGUAUACGGCGCAAUCACAUGGAGCCAAUUUGAACCACGUUGCAAACAGAAUUGUAAUGGAUACUUUAUCACUGGCUACACUGGCGAAAUCUAUGGCAUUUGUCUCUUCUGAUAUAGCAAUCAAUUCGUUGUAUCAAGCUACUGAUGUGAAACCACCUACGUAAAAUAAAAUGCAAAUCAUAACACUACUUACUAAUAAUCUUCAUCUCAUACAAACAGUUGGGUUACUUAAUGUAAAAUUGUAAUUUCAAUGUUAAAUGCUCUAAUAAAUGAAACAGUAAACUUCGAAA